CUGCACUUGUGGGGACACAAGGUUCUGCCUCAUAUUUGGGGCUUGAAACUGGGUUCCGUGAGCCAUGUGUUGAGGGGGAGAGGCUGGGGGAAGGGUGAUGACCAGGAGAGGUCCUCGCAAGGACAGAGAGACAGACUUGUUAGUGUGAGAUGUAAGAAGAAACCUCCUCCAUACUCCAAGUCAAUCUCUCCAACAUCGUCGGGUCCGCGGCGUCACUGGUGGAGUCAUGACGAUACAUCUGCUGUCUCUCACACACACGCACGCGCGCGCGCCCCCGCAGGUACCAGUGUGGCAGGUAGGAGGGACUUGACGCUCCAACUUCUCCGAGGUUUUCAGCAGGAGGAGACGACGAUACCGUCCGCGAGAGGCUGCGGGGAGCGGAGCCUCGCCUCGUCUUCUCUGGAUUUGGACUUUGGUUUCCUCCGUUCGGAUUCGGCUUCGGUCGGGAGGGGGUUCUGUUGCAGACACAGAGCGUCCUCUGUGCUGAGACGCACCAUCAUCCUUCCUCCUCCUCCUCCUCCUCCUCCUCCUCUUCUGUUCCAGCGCAGAGGACAUCGGGACCUCUUCUCCAUCAUCGCUCGCCCGGAGACAUGGAUCUAUGGUUUCACUCGAUCCGGCUUUUGUUCCUGAUGAGCGUGUUCCGGGCCUCGCUGAGCUCCAUGCUGGACUGCCCGCCGACCUGCAGCUGCUCUCCCGCGGACAUCUAUUGCAAUAAGUCGGACAGCGGCCGCUUCUUCCCGCUGCUGGCCGCGCAGGACGCCGGCAGCAACGGAACAAGCGUGGACAUCGCGGAGCUCUUCAAGAACAUCACGUCCAUACACAUCGAGAACUGGACGGGCCUGCAGACGCUCCGGGACGUGGACAUGGAGCUCUACUCUGGCCUGCAGAGACUGACCAUCAUGAACUGCAGCCUGAAGGUGAUCCAGGCCCGAGCCUUCGCCCAGAAUCCACACCUGCGCUACAUAAACUUGUCCAAGAACCCGCUGAGCACCUUGUCCUGGCAGCUCUUCCAGCACCUGCAACUCUCCGAGCUGCGUCUGGAAGGCGUGGUCUUCGACUGCGGCUGUGACAUCCGCUGGAUCCAGCUGUGGCAGCAGAGGUUCGAGGCUGGGCUGCACACACAGCAGCUCUACUGCAGGGUCGGAGCCUCCAAGAUCAGGCUGCACAACAUGUACAUUCAGAACUGCGACCUGCCUGAGAUCAGUGUGAGCCACAGCAGUGUGUUGGUGACGGAAGGCGACACCGUGACGGUGAGCUGCAACGGAUCGGGGUCCCCGCUGCCCGAGGUGGACUGGACUGUGGGGGGCCUGCACUCCAUCAACACUCACCUGUCCAACGUCUACUGGCCCAACAUCCACUCCAUCAACCUGACGCUCUUCAACCUCAGCCGCCAGGACAACGGCUUCCAGCUGACCUGCAUCGCCGAGAACGUGGUGGGGAUGACCAACGCCUCCGUCCAGCUGGCCGUGCAGUUUCCUCCCGUCAUCCUGAAGCUGGCGGAGCCGGAGAGGCGCCACGACACCUGUAUGGAGUUCACGGUGCGCGGCUUCCCGCCGCCCCAGCUGCGCUGGUUCCACCGGGGGCAGGAGCUGCAGCAGAACGAUUACGUCCGCACGGUGAUGGACUUCUACCAGGACGUGCUGGAGGGCUGCCUGCUCUUCCAGAACCCCACGCACCUCAACAACGGCGACUACACGCUGGAGGCCAGCAACGCUCUGGGCACCGCCACCAAGACCGUGUACGGGCACUUCCUCGUGGACAUGGACCACGAAGACAUGGUGGUGCUGGGUCCCUCGCACCCGGAGCACCCGGAAGAUGGCGCCGGUCGGCCCGAGGAGGACACGUUCGGAGUGUCCAUCGCCGUGGGCCUGGCGGGCUUCGCCUGCGUCCUGCUGCUGGUCCUCUUUGUUCUCAUCAACAAGUACGGACGUCGCUCCAAAUUCGGAAUGAAAGGACCGGUGGCUGUGAUCAGCGGCGAGGAAGACUCCGCCAGCCCUCUUCAUCACGUCAACCACGGCAUCGUCACGCCGUGCGGCUUGGACGCCAGCGCUGACGCAGUGGUGAUCGGGAUGACCCGCAUCCCUGUGGUGGAGAACCCGCAGUACUAUCGACACGGACACAACUGCAACAAGCCCUCCACCAUGGUCCAGCACAUCAAGCGCCGUGACAUCAUCCUGAAGCGGGAGCUGGGCGAGGGAGCUUUCGGGAAGGUCUUCCUGGCCGAGUGCUACAACCUGAGUCCCACCAAGGACAAGACGCUGGUGGCUGUCAAGACGCUGAAAGAUCCCAACUUGGCGGCGAGGAAGGACUUCCAGAGGGAGGCGGAGCUGCUGACCAACCUGCAGCACGACCACAUCGUCAAGUUCUGGGGCGUGUGUGUGGACGGAGACCCGCUCAUCAUGGUGUUCGAGUACAUGAAGCACGGCGACCUCAACAAGUUCCUCAGAGCUCACGGGCCGGACGCCAUGAUCCUGGUGGACGGUCAGCCUCUGCAGUCCAGCGGGGAGCUGGGGCUCUCUCAGAUGCUGCACAUGGCCUCCCAGGUGGCCUCGGGCAUGGUCUACCUGGCCUCCCAACACUUCGUCCACAGAGACCUGGCCACGCGCAACUGCCUGGUGGGCAACGGGCUGCUGGUGAAGAUCGGAGACUUCGGCAUGUCCCGGGACGUCUACAGCAGCGACUACUACAGGGUCGGAGGACACACCAUGCUGCCGGUGCGCUGGAUGCCUCCGGAGAGCAUCAUGUACCGGAAGUUCUCCACGGAGAGCGACGUCUGGAGCUUCGGAGUCAUUCUGUGGGAGAUCUUCACGUACGGGAAGCAGCCCUGGUUCCAGCUGGGCAACAACGAGGUCAUCGAGUGCAUCACCCAGGGCCGGGUCCUGGAGAGGCCGCGCGCCUGUCCCAAGGAGGUCUACGACCUGAUGCUGGGCUGCUGGCAGCGGGAAGCUCAGCAGCGGCUCAACAUCAAGGACAUCCAGAAGGUUCUGUCGGCCAUGGGCAAGGCCACGCCCGUCUACCUGGACAUCCUGGGCUAGAGGCGGGGCCCCCCGCCCCCACUCUCCAGGAGCAACCGAACCAACCUGCUCUGCUGUCGGACGGACUUAAGUGCCUGCUACACUUUUGGAUAUCGUGGAUCCAACCUAAAAAAAGAACCGACUUUUACACUUUGUUUACUUGCUAUAAGCUGUGCAGGUUCUGGAUUUAGGACCAGCGGAGGAGCGGGACCGGCACUCGGCCCAAGCUGCUUCACCCAUAUAAAUAUAUAUAUAUAUAUAGAAAUACCACAUAUAUUUGAUAUUUAUUUCUGCUAGUGUGGCCUCGGGCGCUUUGAAGGGCUCGUGCACAGACCAACCACUGGCAGGGACUCGCCCUCUGAUUGGCUCCCGCUCAGGCGGGACUCCGGAGGAAGCGACGGCGUCUGUCAAAUCUAUUUUAAUUUAAAAUCGGUGUAAAUAUUGUACAAGUGAGUGUGGGAUCCUGUUAACUUAUUUGGGACGGUGCUGCGUCCAGUCUUUGUUUCCAUGCCGCACCAGCCAAGGCCACUGGGGGCGCCAGACUCCACACGCAGGGGGAGGAGGGGUGUUACCUGCUGGGACUCAAUCAGAGUCCUGACUCAACAUCACACUUUCCAGAGAGGUGAUGGAACCUCCAGCUCUCUUUCCGGCCCACCCCCCCCACACACACACACCCUCCCACCACCACCACCACCCCGACACAUUUUGACAAACUGUUCCAUCAUUUCUAGGCUUUUUGAUGUGAAACUGCUUUUUCACGUAGAAAACAUUUUUGUAACUGUCAGUACCAGUCACAAGUGGUGCAAGUGUGUGUGUGUUCACCUUGUAUAGCUAUUCUUAUGGGGACCAUUUGGCUUUGUCAGGACAUUUGUGCUGGACCCCACAAGGUUCAGCCUUAAAGCUUCAGGAUAAGUGGUUCAGGUUCAGGGUCCUGGUUCUGGUGAGCCAUGUGUUUAGAGGCUGGGGAAAGGGCCAUGGCCUGGAGAGGUCCCCACAAGGACAGCAGUACCAGUGUGUGCGUGUGUGUGUGUGUUUAAUCCACUUUGUGACAGAGGAACCUCUCUGGACGCCGCAGCUGUGAGGUGGAAGUGAAACCUGGCGAGAGUCGGUGCUUUUUAUGUACUUUGUGUCAUCAAUAAAAGCUUCCAAAAAGGUUGACCUCUGACCGGAGUGAUGCGCCCUGCUCCAGCGCUGGAGUCACAGGAGCCUCGGGCCACUGGUCUGGACCUGAGGUCAGCACAUCACACGGCCAGCUUGAGCCCAGAAGCAGCUGUUUUGCACUGCGUUAUUUACAGUUCUGAGAAAUCUGUCGCUCCAGUCGCAGCGUUGCCAUGGAAACGGCUCACCAUGGGACCAGACUGCAGCGCGCUGACUCCUCUGCUGCAGCCGGGCGCAGCGCGUCCUCAGAACAACGCCAUCACAAGUCCAAGUCGUCUGUGAGAGACGGCCCGGCACCGGAUCACUGCUC